AUGGAGCGUUCCGCUUGGCCUAAGAACCUCUCCUCCAGCCGAAAGCAUGCGAUCCAGGAUCUCCUCCAUGCCCAGAAUCCCAUGAAGAAGUUUACAGAUCUCUUCGACGCUCACUCUCAAACUGGCAACAACACAGGGCAGCCCCUGUUUGCGGAACAUCUGGUCGUCAACUUCCUCGGGCCGUUCAGCAACAGUCGAUCCCUAUCAAGUAGCGCCGAGUCCGACGAGGUCUUGCAGGCCCCCCCGAGACCAGCGCCUGUGUCAGAUCUGAGGUCUCCGAGGGAAGUGAGAGCAUCAACACCCCGCUCCCUAGAAAGACUUCAAAUACAUGGACGACUAGACCAAAAUUUGAUUGACAACGGGCAGCAAUGGAGGAAAUAUCAUCUGAAAUCGAUUAUAAACUUUGAUUCACCUGGGUACUUAACAAAUGAUAUAUCCAUUUCUGAUAUGUCAACUACAAGUGCUGAUGAGAGUACACAGUCUGAUGUCUGA